UUUAUGCCGAAAAAUAGUGCUUGCAAAAGGUGGAAAUACCACGAACUUAAGAAGUCAUCUGAGACGUCGACAUCGUGCAGAUCUUUUCGAGACCACUUCCACCCCGACCACUGCAGCUUUGUUUGAGGCUCAAGGUGAUUUACCACCUAAUUCAGCGCUUUCAAUGCGAGAAUUGUGAAAUCUAAAGUGUGCAUCAAAUUUGAGUCCGCUUGCACUAGUGGAUUCACCCACCCCCUUAAAACUGACAGUGUAAUUACAGCAGGGCACUAUUAUGGGUGUAUAAACUAACAGAGGGGAGCUAGAGGCGGGAAAAAAAUAGUCCCUGACCCUGGUGCUGUUUGUGAAUGCCUACACUCUUUGUUACUGUUUUAUAACACACAGACCACGUGGCAUGGUAUACCUGGUAUAGCAGAAUGUGUAUUACUCAGGGUGAUGGGGGUGUGUUACCUAUAAAUGAAACGUUUGAUUCCGACCGUGCAUUGUGGUGGUAUCAGACACAUUCAAAGAGUGUAUAUAUAAUCAAAACAAUUGCUUACACUCCAGCAAAGUAAAAUAGUGUCUAUUUAUAUGUUUUUAUCUAAUGUCAGGCCCUUUUAUACAUAAUACACCCUCUAACAUGUGCGGUGGACUGAUAAAUUGUGCAUUAAUCCACACAGAGUGUUCAUGUUUACAUAGCUUUACAAACAAAACUUUGUACUGCCGACCUACGAGAUGCUUGCACGCAUGCGCACUGACAACACGACCCCAGGGCCUGCCUAGAAGUCUGUUUUACGGCAGUCUCAUACCCGUGUUGUUGCCAUGGUAUCACCAAAACAGCCCUACACACGUUGAGUUGUGAGCAGCUGACGGAAACAUCUGGGAAUAUUUUGUUUAUUUCAAACAUCUUUUGUUGCUGCAUAUGUUGCCUUUGUCCCCGCUGCUGUGUAAAUAACGACGGUUAUUCGUUUGGUGCAAUGAGUGAGCCGCCAUCUUUAGCCUUUUUAAAGCCCCCCCUUUUUUUAAUCGGCUGCACAAUACAACCUGAUAAUGACCGUGGUAUAAUCGCCGUAUAGCACCGUAACGUGACUGUUUGGGGCGGUAUCACUCCGCUUUGUUUACAUGGCCAUAUCCUGACACCUGUGCUCGAUCCAUUUUCUAUUGAUCACAAAGCACAGCUCCAUGGAGCUAACAGCUAACACUAUGAGUGCACACCUGAAGGAUUUGUUUGAACCUGACCUGAACACUAAGGAGGAGCUCAUCCUGAAAGAAGAGGAUGAGUCACGAGAAGAAGAAGGAGAAGAAGAAGGAGAGGAGGGUGAGGUAAAUAACACAGACAUUUCUAGGCAUGCAAUGGUGUCAGACCUGGAACUAGAUGAACUUGAAGACAGCAGGAAUGAAAUAAGUAAGGUCACAAAGAAGCAGACAACAUGGGCUGUGAAUUGCUUCAUUGGCUGGUUGGAGUCUCAGGGGCUGCAGGUGGACCUGAUCACGGUGGAGAAGUCCGAGCUGAACGGGCUGCUCAGACACUUUUAUGGUUCGGUGCGAAACAGCAAAGGAGAGCUGUACGGGAUUGCUAGUUACAUUGCACUGAGGGCUGGACUUAACCGUUACUUCAAGGAACCUCCUGUGAGCCGACCUGUGUGCUUAAUGAGAGAUGCUGAGUUCACCUCAGCCAACAAGGUGUUCCUGGGAGUGCUCAAGAGAAUCAGGAAGUCCGGUCGAGAUAUAACAUCACACCACCAGGCGCUGUCUCCUGAGGAUAUCCGCGUCCUCAGACACUCACGUGUGAUGGACACCAGCACUCCAAGGGGACUUCUGAACAAAGUCUGGUUUGAUGUACAAGUGCAUUUCGGCCGCAGGGGGAAGCAGGCUAACAGGAAUCUGAAGCCAGAUUCGUUUGUGAUCAGAAAAGAUGACAGAGGACUGAGAUACUGCACUUUAACUUUUAGUGACGAGGCAAAAAUCCACAACGAGAAGGACCGAUGCUGCAUGUUCGAGAAUCCUGGCAGUGAAUACUGUCCCAUUACUUCUCUUUUAAAGUACCUCAGCAAGCUCCCAUCCAAUGCCUCCGCUCUUUAUUUACAGCCUAAGAAGGAGCUAACAGAUGAAAUGUGGUACAGCCACAUACCCCUGGGAGUCAAUUAUCUGGGCUCGAUGCUGAAUCGAAUGUGCAAAGAAGCCGGCACAUCUGUCAUCUAUACCAACCACUGCAUCAGAACCACCCCCUUUCACCACCUGUGUGACGCAGGACUGGAGGGGAGAGAAAUUAUUCCUAUCAGCAUGCGCAGGUCUGAAAGCUCCCUCCAGAGUCACCAGAUGCUGUCCCUCGGGAGCCGCAAGCAGCGGAGCGAGAUAUUGCCAGAGAUCGAUUCAGCUGACCCAGCAGGUUUGGAUUUAAACCAAGAAGAGUUCUUUGAGGAUAUUCCGUUCAUCCACACUGCUUCAAACCAGAACUAUGUUCCAGACGCUGUGCUGCCGCCUGGAGAUCCAUGGCUCCACGGCGGGCCCUCCCGGGCCGCACUGUCCCUGCCUUCCUGUCUGUGCCUCUGUGGGGACGGUGGCUCUGGGAUGUCUGGUCCUGGAUUUUCUGGCGAAGAGCAGAUGGGAGAGAUGAAGGUGUACGCCAAGUGUCACCUCCAGCAGGGAGUCCUGUUUGGCCCGUUUGUAGGAGACGUGUGCAGAGGGCAAAUGCCGACAAACCUAAAAUAUGCCUGGGCUAUCAGGGAUGACGCUGCUUUUGUCUACGUCGAUGCUUCUGAUGAAAACAAAUCUAACUGGAUGAGGUAUGUAACGUAUACGAGCAGUGAGGAGGAACACAACCUGGUCGUCUUCCAGUUUUACCGUCGCAUAUACUAUAAAGUUUCCCAGCCCAUCACAGAAGGAGCAGAGCUCAGAGUCUGGAUCGGCAAGGAUUAUGCCACUUUGCUAGGCCUGGGGAUGGGUGACAAUGUGAAAUGUGAAGUUGGAGACAAGGAGACAGUUCUGCGCCUCCUGCAGGACAUCCAAUUGGUCACCCUCCCAGAGCCCAGCAGCUCUUCCCUUUGGUCAGAUCACAGCCAAUCACAGAGCCCCAUGCUUGUGAUCAGCGACGUGACGACCGUGUCAAACCCGGACGGCAUGUCAAACCCAGAUUCAGCCAUAAAUUCUGGUUCUUCCUUUCCCUCCUCCUCCCUCAUCUCCUUCCCGUCCCCUGGCUCAUCUCAGAUGGAAAAGUACGAUUUUAUGCCUGGAACCGACAAACUGCUGAGUAACCCACACGCCACACAACACAGCCCGUGGUACUUUUUUGGGUUUGAGCCGGACCCGACCGGUCGGCCUCUGGACCGGAGCACUGCGGUGUGUAAGCUGUGUGUGGAAAAUGUGGGCUGCGGAGGAGGAGUGGCAGAUCUCCAAAACCAUCUGACCAACAAACAUCACAUCAGACCACGUGACAGUAACAAGGAUCGAAUAGGUCAACAGCGCUCACAUCCAGUGAUGGUUAACAGCGGUCUAGUCAGUACACUGCCCCUGGUUCUGGCUGCUCAUGUGACCGAUGCCAUCACCAACUUUCUCAUCAUGGAUCUCCAGCCCCCAGCUCUGGUAGAAGGAGAAGGCUUCAAACAGCUCAUCCACACCCUCCUUCCUUCUUACAAGGAGCUGCCUUCACCUCAUCAGCUCGAGCACCUCCUGAAAGAACAUCAUACCAAAGGCAAGAUGAGCCUGGCUCAGCUGCUGAGGAGGAAGAUGGGAAGCGGAGAGAGCGAGGAUAUACUCGAUUACACUGCUCCCAUCGAGAUUGAACCCAGGAGACGAGGGCGACCUCCCAGCCAUCGGAGAGAAGUUCAUCACUUUGUCACUUUAAGUGUGGAUGUUUGGUUCCACAACUGGCAGGGCAACACUGAGAGGUACCUCACCCUCUGGGCACAUUACAUCGACAGUCAUUUUAACUUCCGAAAUCUGGCCCUGGCAACCCAAAGACUGACAGAUAAUGGGAUGAAGGACUACAGCCUUCGAACAGUGGAGGCUCAAGUGAAAGUGAUGGCUCAGGAGUGGGGAAUCUCACAGCCGAAUAUGGUCUUGCUGGGAGGAGAAGGAAAGAACAAGAUGAGGCUGAAGCCGAUAAAGACUGAGAAAGUCGGAGAGGCUGCUGGAAGUGUUCCUCACCCAAACUCAACAACAUUCCUGGAGAGGGACGACUCUGUGUCACCUGAGGAGCCACGUGGCUCAGAGCAUGGUCAUUCUAGCGAAGGACUACCAUCUGUGCCGUGUUUCUUCAGCGCUGUGCAAGGCUGCAUUGAGGAAGUGAUGUCACAUCCUGUCAUCUCCAAGACACUCAACCAGUUUCAGGACAUUCUCUCAAUCCUGUUUCUGCCCCCCGUUCAAAACAAAAGCACGUAUCAGCAACACGCCCAGAGUCUGUCGCAGACCCUGACGAAACAAGAACAUGCAGAGCUGAAGUCAUGGGCUCACAGCCCGCCAACGUGGAAUAAGCUGUACCCUCUACUGAGCAUGCUUAUCAAACAGAAGAGCCUUUUCUGUGAUAUGAUAAAAGACAUUAAAGGUGAGGGCGUUUCUAAAGAAGACACUCCUUCAGAAUUCAGUUCAUCCGGCAGCUGCCACGCAAACUCAACCUCCAAUACAACCUCAAUGAGCGUUAUGACUUCGCGAUGUGAAUGGAAGCUUCUGGAGGACCUGUGUUUGGUGCUCAGACCUCUGGAUGUGGCGUGCCGAACUCUCGCCAAGGAGACGUUCCCCCGCCUGUCCCUCAUCAAACCCAUUCUCACCGGCCUGCUUUCUUGCCACCUUGUGUCACGGCCAGGAGAUUCGUCGUCCAUCCUGAAGGAAGUGAAGAGGAUGAUGAGGCGGAGCUUGGCGAGCUGCUACGACAACCCUGUUGUCAACAGGGUUCUGUGUGUGGCAUGUUCCCUCGACCCCCAGUUUCAUGGACUGGGCUUCAUGGAGGAGAGGGAGCAGACAGCCACUUUUGAUUGGCUGAAGAAAGAGGCUGUCAGGAUUGUGAAGGAGGACAAAAGGAGAAGCCAAGGUAAGCAGCAAAGCCGGAGCAAGAGAAGCCCCUCACCGGGUUCACCGGAGUCAGAGAGUGAUAUCCUGCGGAGGAGCAAGCGCCUCAAAGAAUCCCGUCCGAUCAACUUCAGAGAACUCGAGGAAGAAGAAGAAGAGAGCGAAGCCGGAGAGGCUGAUGAGAGCGAGUUGGCAGAUCCUGGAUCUCAGGGUGGGCUUUCCGGUAUGGAGUUCCUCCUGGGAGACCUAUUCUGCUCUGCCCCUAGGAGCAGACAGAGCUCCGUGGAGGAGUCUAUAGACAUGGAGAUGUCUGUCUUCAGAGCCGACAAGGGGACUUCUCUGGGGGUUGAGCCCCUGCAGUGGUGGAGGACGAAGGCAGUGCAGUUUCCACUGUUGGCCACCGUGGCACGGGCCUACCUGGCUGCCCCGGCAGUGGCAGGUAACGCUGCACAAGACUUUAUGAGGCAAGGAGCAGGAGUCACGCACAGGAAGAGAGCCAACAUUCCACCAGAAAGUUUGGACUCUAUGUUGUUUCUGCACCACAACCACAUGCCCACAACUGAGAGCGGGCUAACCGGAGGUAGGAACGAUGACAAGAUCGACAAGGUCCCUUAAACACUCAAACAUUCAUUCCUUUUUCACAAGCUCUGAAUUUAAACCUCUCAUCUACCUGUAACACUCUAAUCAAUGGUUUAAAUCAUGUUUAAAUUUAAAGUCCUGACACAAAAUCAACCCAUUGGAAAAAAAGGAAAGAGGAACAGCACAAUAUCCCCACCUAGGACACAGACAUGCAGAGGUUGGAUGCAGUACACGCAGAGGACUCAUUAAAGUGUAAAAUAAGUGCAUUAAGGUUGAUUAAUGUUGUGACUAAAGAAAAGAAAGUAAACAAGUUUUAUACUGUGUAUAGCCUGGACUGUUAUACUUCUGAUCUACAUUUGACUUUGCUGUGUAUUCAGUACCUUGUAGCGCCUAGUGCCUUACUUCUUUUGGAUACAAUCACACAGUAGAUCGGUAGAUAUUCUUAAUUUUUAUUUUUUAUCCUCAAUACUAAUUUCUAACAAAUGUGUAUAACUGUGAUUGAAGUGUGUCGCUUGUUUGUGUUGGAUGAAAGUCCUCCAUGGUAGCAUUAAGUGAAAUGACUACCAUGUGCCUUUGCUUUAGCAUUAACAUGUUUUUGGUGUUGAGUCGGUUCAUAUUAUCCAAAGAUUAAUUAUUAGAUGACUUAAUGCUGCUUUUUUUAUCAGUAAGUUGGUAAUAGAACUUCAACAUGAUGGUUCAAAGUGAUCACAAGUGUUUGGUGAAACAUGAGCACUACAUUAUACACUGUUACAUUGGAUGAAUCUUAUUAGCACAAUGUCUGUAUUGUCUUAGACUGUGAUGUUAAUAUUCAUGUACAUGCAGAGUAACUGUUUUUGUUUUUGACUGUCAUGUUUACUGUAAUGUAAAUACAUGCACCUGUCAGAUACUUUUUCAAAAUAAAACAUUAUCAUUUGAGCU